AUGGCUCCAGCAAAGAAGGGUGGUGAGAAGAAGAAGGGCCGUUCAGCUAUCAACGAAGUGGUGACCAGAGAGUACACCAUCAACAUUCACAAGCGCAUCCAUGGAGUAGGCUUCAAGAAGCGUGCCCCUCGGGCACUCAAGGAGAUCCGGAAAUUUGCCAUGAAAGAGAUGGGAACACCAGAUGUGCGCAUUGACACCAGGCUCAACAAAGCUGUCUGGGCCAAAGGAAUACGAAAUGUCCCAUACCGCAUCCGUGUACGGUUGUCAAGAAAACGUAACGAGGAUGAAGAUUCACCAAACAAGCUCUAUACAUUGGUUACCUAUGUACCUGUAACCACUUUCAAAAGUAAGUUUUACACAAUCCCAAAGCUAUUUAAAUUGGAUUUAAAAAAAAGUUUUUAGCUCUUUUAUAAUCUCAGUUUAACUGUUUAAC